AUGGACUCCAACGCUGCCACUGUUGAAGGCACUGGCCAUAACGUUAGAGAAAAUGACUGCUUGCUGAACAGUCUACCAGAAAUGAAAAGCGUGUAUUAUGAGCAUUUCAAGCCUUUUCAAGACAAGCUGUCUUCGGUACUUCAGCACUCGCGGUCAUAUUUCACGGCACUGGCGGAGCGAGAGAGCUUUGCUGCAUUUCUGAGUGUUCCCCUUAUAAGUGACGUCCUAGUGAAGACAAUCGAAGGGAUGUUUGAGACACCAAAACCGCGUGUGCUUCAGCCACAGAACGACGAAGCCAGUGCCAAUAUCAAUUGGUUGGACGUUGUCAAGGAAAAGAAUUAUCAGGCCGAAUAUAAAGGGAAUGGAAAUUACCAUUUCCAUAUGCUGGACCGGGGGGUGAUUGUCCAGUUGUCUGCUUUCCAGCACAACAUGAUCCUUUCAGGAUUACCCCGGAAGCUUGUCCAACCUUGGUCAUAUGAAAAGGACCGUCGGAAGGUAAGCCAACCCGAGCAUUAUCCUAAUUCUUUUCACUCGCUUACAUCACCCGCAGUGAUCAAAGUCAAUAACACUGUGCUUGAAGAGAUACUGAGAAGACAUCGAGAUCUCCGCCACCGCCCGGAGCCAAACCAGAGAUCGGCGGGCUCUCCCUUUCCCCUGGAAUCUGCCGAAGAGCCAGCCCACUUGACGCCAACGCAGGUUGAAGCGAGUUCACUCGAUGAGAAUGCUAUCGAGACUCAAGGAACUUCCUUGCAAGCCAGUGGUUCAAUACAGGGUGCUGGAACACGGAACUUCGCUAAAAACAGGGCUUGGCCUCCAGAAGUAUUGAAGCGGCUUCCUAUAUGGUUCGAAGACCAAGUAAGGAAGAACCUGUCACAGGAAGAGAUCGCCCAAAAUUUUCACCAAACAUUCAAGCAAAAACGGACUUUCCAUGCUAUUGAGGCAAGAGUGUAUUUCUUAACAGGGAAGAGUCCUUUCCGGAAGCGCAGUAAGAGGACUUCGCGCAAAGAACCUGUGUCUUUGACACCUCGCUCCUCCCCACCGCUUUCUCAACCCUUUGAAGUGGACUUGACCCAACAAUUGAUCUCGAGGUCGAACAUCGAGGUUCACGCGUUACGUCUAGCCCCAAACUUGCUACCCUACCUGAAUUCUGACGACUGCGAGGAUGGAAGCCUUUACGCUCUUUAUGAUGUUCAACCGGUUGACCCUGAAUCAGAAUCCAGCGGCCCCCAUGCGGUACCUGAAGAGGAUGCUGCAAAUCAAACGUCAAGCUGCCGGUACUCAUCUCAAGGGCAUGAAGUUCCGUCAGGUACAAGUCAAAAUGAAUGGCGAGUUCAAGGAAGCCCUCAGGCUGGAGAACCGCCUAAAACCCAUCCGGUGUUCUCAGAUGUGGUGUCCGAGAGUCAGCCAAGGAAUGAUAAUUCAAUCAAUGUCCUCGCCACAACAUCAGGGACGGUUGAUUCCUACUUUCCGCGAGACUCUCCCUUAGGAUCCCCUCGGACAUCAGGGACGGUUGAUUCCUACUUUCCGCAAGUCUCUCCCUUAGGAUCCCCUCGGACAUCAGGGACUGUUGAUUCCUACUUUCCGCGAGUCUCUCCCUUAGGAUCCCCUCGGACAUCAGAACCUAUCCAAUCUCCUAUUCGGCAUCACUCUGACGGCGAUACCACACUUGAAGAGCUGGGCCAAACGCUUAUCCAUGGUACUGAGUCCAGUGCAAUGCACGUGGAACAAAUAGACACGGCGCAUAACAGUCAACCAUCUGGGAGAGUUUCUCCGCAAUUUUCACCAUGUGGAACUUCAUUGGCUGGAGGUUCAGCAAACGAGGGUUCCAAUCAUGAAAGCCACCCAGAGAGCGGACUCGGUGCAUUGACUGUUCCCAGGGCAUUAACGCUCUUCCAAGUUCCGGAACCAAGCUCCACUGAUAAAGCGACUGAGCACCACUCUCAGAACUGCGGAAGGGAUGGGUCAACCACCGAUACCUCUGGAAAUUUGGGUGAAGAGGAAUUGACCAUAAGAUAUCUUCAUGAAAAAUCUCGAGCGCAGGCGGAGAGUUCUCAUCGCUCAUGGAUUGCUAAGGACCUGGAACGUUUAUCAGGGUGGCUCAUGAAACGGAAAAGCCUACGAAAGGAAAGACUUGAAGUUGAGUUUGUGAGAGACUUUGGACACUACCGAACUUCCUCUGCCAUCCGUGCAGCUUGCCGCAAAAAGCGAAAGGCAGAUUCUCGCCAAAAGGAUGUAACACAUCAACUAGCUCCGGUUGCCCCUGCCGUUCUCGAUACUAUGCCGGUAUCACGAUCACCCAACGCCAUCAUUGACACUCCGAGCUUGGACCCAUCCCAUACAAUAACAGUACUGAGCAAUGAUAGCACUACAUCCAAGCAUCCGCUGUUAGAGCGACCUCGAUCGCCACAGCUUCAUCACCAGCCGCAGGUUCAAGACAACACAGAAAGACUUUCUCAAAGCAGUCCUUUACUAUUGAAUGAGGAUGAGGAAGCAGUGGCUCAAAUUCCACUGGCUGUUGUUGCCUCCGAACCAGCUUCUGGACAGAUGUUGCUUUCAAGUUCUCCUGAGAAUGUCCAAGAUACCCCCGCGUUGGGAAAUCGUUGCCAUCGAGUUGACAUCACGCCAAACCCUCUGGCCAGAUGGAGUCCAACGAGCAAGACACUCUACCUGAUGGGCAAGGAAGCCGACGAGUAUCAAAAGUAA